AUGGCCGCUGUCACCGAACUGCCGAAGAUGAACGAGGAGCUCGCUGGAGCCGUCCGUGAGGGUCUGGAGCUCAAAAAAGUGGAGACCACCGAGAAGAACAUCUUGCCGACUAAAGAAGGUUAGUAUUUUGCGCGAAAGCAAGCUAAUGUUGGCCAACAGCUGGGCAAAUAUUGUUCGCAAAUAGCGCCACGGCGCGAGGUUUCACAGGUGAUAAGAGCAGCCAUCUGACCUUUCUUCCGUUUAUAGAUGUCGAGGUCGAGAAGCAAUUGGUGGAGAGAAUCCACGAGAUCGAGCACUUCGACUCGUCCAAACUCAAGUCGACUCCAGUGAAGGAGAAGAUGGUGCUCCCAUCGACCGAGGACAUUAAGCAGGAGAAGCAGCACCUGGAGCUCACCGACAAGAUCCUCAACUUCCCGUCGGAGAUUCUCAAGAAAACCGAGACCGCCGAGAAGGUACUGGAUUUCUGAUUUUGGUAGUCCUGAACUCCUUUUUUCUUCCAGAACGUUCUCCCAUCACCGACGGACAUUGCUCGCGAGAAGACGCUCCAAAUGGCCGCCUCGUUCGACAAAAGCGCUCUCAAUCAUGUCGAGACCGUUGUCUCCAACGACGUCCGUGUCACCGACGCCCAAUAA